AUGGUCUACGGCUCGCUCGGCAGAAAAAUCGUGCUUCCGGCGUCCAGCGACGAGGAGGCCGCGGACGUGUACGGCGAAGCGAGCACCGUGGCUUUGAACGCGUCGCAUCACAACAGUGGCGGCAGCUGCAGAGUUGUGGUCACAAAGCCGGAGUGGGCCGGCGGGCUGUUCGACGACCUCGCCGACGACCCGACGGUGGCGGCGCUGUCCCUGACGUGCACGUUCUGGGAUUUCUCGUGCUAUUGUUACACAGUGGUCGGGGCGCUCUCAGCAUGCACAAGGUUGGGUGCAUUGGAUUUGGGACGGCGGGCAGUCGAGGUGCUGCACUGGGAUGAGUUUCUUGACAACCCAGUCCUGGGGACUGCACUGAUCGAUAUGUAUGCCAAGUGUGGGAGCACAUGUGACGCAUGGACGGUGUUCCAGCAGAUGAGGAAGAGAGACAUUAUUGUUUGGAAUGCAAUGAUCCUGGGGCUUGGCAUGACUAGCCAUGGUAAGACUGCGCUCGCGCUUGUCGGUCAGAUGGAGAAGUCAGGCAUGACACUGAACGACAAUACCUUCAUUGGAUUGCUCUGCAGCUGUACACAUACUGGCCUAGUUCAAGACGGGCGGCGCUCUUUUUUUAACAUGACUCAGUCAUACCAUAUAAGCCCGAGGAUCGAGCACGAUGGUUGUAUGGUCGACCUACUAAGUCGUGCAGGGUUGCUGGAGGAAGCUCAUCAGCUGAUUGAAGACAUGCCAAUGCAGGCAAAUGCUGUUGUAUGGGGGGCACUCCUUGGUGGUUGCAAGAUCCAUCGGGAUGCUGACCUUGCUGAACAUGUGUUGAAGCAGCUAAUCUGGCUGGAGCCCUGGAAUUCUGGAAACUAUGCCAUGCUCUCUAACAUAUACUAUAACAGUGGAAGAUGGGAAGAUGCGGCAAAGCUCAGGUUGGAAAUGAAGGCGAAUGGGGUUGAGAAAGUCCCUGCAUCUAGCUGGGUUGAGUUUAGUGGUAAGGUUCACGAGUUUCAUGUUGGAGACAAAUCACAUCCCCUGUCAGAUCAAAUUUAUGCAAAGCUCGAUGAAUUGGGCAUGGGAAUGAAGGCCAUGGGUUAUAAACCAACUACAGAGGUGGUGUUGUUUGACACUGAAGAUGAGGAGGAGGAGCACACGCUUGUGGAUCACAGCGAGAAGAUUGCCAUUGCAUUCAGCCUCCUCACAACUGGACCAGGAGAGACCAUUAGGGUCACCAAAAACCUCCGAGUGUGCAGUGGCUGCCACACCGCCAUCAAGCUCAUAUCGAGGAUAACCCAUCAUGAAAUUAUUGUUAGAGAUAACAAUCGAUUUCACUGCUUUAGAGACAGUCAUUGCUCUUGCAAUGACUAUUGGUAG